GGUCCUAUUCAAUUCACAAUGAAUUAAUGGUCUCUGCUGGAAUAUGCAUUACCAAACAUAUUACGCAGGCGAAUGAUGAGUUUCACACCUCGCAACAUAUUAAACAGUAUCUAGCGAUUCGAUGAAAGAAAAGACGCACAAAAGAAAUGGGCACUGGACGGCAAUUUGCAACAAUUUCAGUAAACUCACCCCCUCGAAAUCCAGGUUAUUGCGCCCUGUUCGUUGUACUUACAUUGGUUUUUAUCCAGCAGUGCGCAACGUUUAACUUGGAAACGGAAAAUCGCGUCGUCUACACUGGACCUAAGGACAGUUUUUUCGGUUAUUCGGUGGAUGUUUUCUACAAUAAUUCGUCUAGUGUCAGCAUUCUGAUUGGUGCUCCCAAAGCUAACACCAGCCAACCGAAUGUCAACGAAGGUGGAUCUGUGUACUUAUGUCCCUGGAGCCAGGGCCAAUCGAAUUGCAGUGUCGUCCACUUUGACAAUGAAGGAGAUCGCCGUUUCCAUGUCAACGACGUCGACGUCCAGGUGGAGUUCAAGUCCCAUCAGUGGUUUGGGGCGACAGUGCGUUCCCAUGGCAACACUGUCCUGGCUUGUGCCCCGAGGUAUUACUGGAGAACGGAACACGACGCCCCCUUCUCUGACGUCACAGGAACUUGCUACCUCUCCGUGGACAACCUCAAGACAUUUGUGGAGUACGCCCCCUGUCGCACAGAGAGACAUGGUCCUGCCGGACAGGGCUACUGUCAGGGCGGGUUCAGUGCUGACUUCACCAAGGAUGGGAAGAUUGUUCUUGGAGGACCAGGAAGCUUUUACUGGCAAGGUCAGCUGAUCUUAGCCACCACAAAGGAAAUAGUCAAGGCCUACUACCCUUCCUACUUCCUGCUCUCUGUUACCGGGCAGAUCCAGACCCAUCAGGUGCAGGGGAGCUAUGAUGACAGUUACCUGGGUUACUCUGUGGCCGGCGGGGAGUUCAGUGGAGAUAAUAUUGAAGAUUUCGUCACGGGAGUCCCCAAGGGACUCAUGUUGUAUGGUUUAGUGUCCAUACUCAAUGGAACAGACCUGAAAUCCAUGCUGAACCUCACCGGAGAACAGAUGGGGUCCUAUUUCGGCUACGCAGUGGCAGCCACGGACAUCAACAACGACGGGAUGGAAGACCUUGUGGUGGGAGCUCCCAUGUUCAUGCAGAGGGGUUCCGACGGACUGCGUUGGGAGGAGGUGGGCCGUGUCUAUGUGUACCUGCAGCGGCGACCCUUGCUGUUUGAACCCAGGCUGCCCCACCUGGGGGGGACCCAGGCCUUCGGGAGGUUUGGCAGCUCGCUGGCCCCACUGGGAGACCUCAACCAGGAUGGCUUCAACGAUAUUGCCAUCGGCUGUCCCUUUGGAGGAGACGACCAACAGGGAUUGGUCCUCAUCUAUAAUGGACAUGCCAGUGGACUGAUGGACAUGCCCACUCAGACUCUAGCUGGCCAAUGGGCCUCUGGCACCUUCCCCGCCAGUUUUGGCUACGCCCUCCGCGGAAAUAAAGAUCUGGAUCAUAAUGGCUACCCAGAUCUCAUCGUAGGUGCUUUUGGGGUUGACAAGGCUGUUCUGUACAGGGCGCGGCCUAUUGUCAAUGCCAGUGCCUCUCUUAUGCUGCAACCUACCAUGAUCAAUCCAGAGGAGAAGAGUUGUACGGUGUCCAAUGGGAAUGAGACAAUCUCUGUGUCCUGUGUCAACCUCAGUUUCUGCCUCUCGGCCAAUGGGAAGCACCUCCCUGCUGAUCUAGGUUUUGUGGUGGAGGUACAGUUGGACCAUCUGAAGCAGACCCAGAAGGAGUCGUCAGUGAGGAGAACUCUGUUCCUGGAUAGCCAACAGCCCAGCCUACUGAAGACCAUCACCAUGGCCAAUGGAGGACGAACGUGUCAUGACACCCGCAUCUACCUGCGAAGUGAAGGGGAGUUUAGGGAUAAACUUUCCCCCAUUUACGUCACACUCAACUUUAGCCUGGACCCUCUCGCUUCGCUGGAUCACCAUGGUCUCAGGCCCAUUCUAAAAUACCAGACAACACACCUUAUAGAGCAGAAGGCCCAGAUUCAGCUGGACUGUGGUGAGGACAACAUCUGUGUCCCUGACCUCAAACUGGCUGUUUAUGGCGAUAGGACGGAGGUGUAUCUGGGUGACGAUAACUCCCUGACCCUGACUUUCAAUGCCAGGAACGAGGGAGAGGGCGGGGCCUACGAGGCAGAGCUUUACAUGGUGCUUCCCCCAGAGGCUGACUACAGUGGUAUAGCCCGCAACAAUGCGAGUCUGACUCAGCUAACCUGUAGCUACGAGGCAGAGAAUCAGACCCGCUCUCUGGUCUGUGACCUGGGCAACCCUAUGAAGUCUGGCACAAGUUUGUGGGCAGGCCUCCGCUUCACUGUGCCCCGACUGAAUGACACUUACAAUACGGUGCAGUUUGAGCUCCAGAUACGCAGUAAAAAUGAGAAUAGCUCCCAGAGCGAUGUUGAGCUCUAUGAUCUUGAGGUGGCUGUGGUAGCUGAUGUUAUCCUACAGGGCGUUUCUCGUCCGGACAAGCUCCUCUUCCCUCCCCCAAACUGGAGGAUGAGCCACAGCCUCCAAGAGGAGCAGGACAUUGGGUCUGAGAUCCAGCAUGUCUACGAGUUGGUGAACAAUGGGCCCAGUAUGAUCAGUCAGUCGGUGCUGGAGCUGCGAUGCCCUCUGAGAGCUCAGGGUCACGAUCUUCUGUACCCUGUGGAGAUCAUCACUCAGGGACCACUCAACUGCAGCUCCAACCACACCCUCAAUGCACUGAAACUCAAGCUCCAGCCUCCUACAACAGAACAGCCUCCCUCCUCACAGACGGUCAGCCCUGAACACCACAUCCAGAGGAGAGAGGUCUACAGGGAUCCUCUGGCCAAACAAAGCAACUUGUCAUGCUCUAUGGUGGAGUGCUGGAGGCUGCACUGCCAUGUGGGGUUACUGGAGAGAGGAAACAGUGUCAUUCUGACAGUCCGCUCACGCAUCUGGGCUGAGACCUUCAUCGAGAGGGCAUACAAGCAGUAUGUGCUGGAGUGUUCUGCCCAGUACAGAGUCAAGAACAUGCCCUAUGCCAUCGCUCCCAAACUCAAACCCAGUGGAUCCACAAAGAUCCUGACUCCAGUGAUGUGGAACAAGCCGGAGAGCCAGUACAUUGUACCCCUGUGGAUUAUCAUUCUGGCCAUACUGGCUGGACUGCUGCUGCUCGCCCUGCUCAUAUAUGUACUAUACAAGAUGGGCUUCUUCAAAAGAUCCAAUCCCUAUGGUACAGCCAUGGAGAAAGCUCAACUCAAACCCCAGGCUUCUUCUGAGGCCUAAAUGGUGGACCAUCCCAGACGUCGGUUCGAAAACUGGAAAGUCGUUGCGUUGGCCUGAACUCGUAUCUCCAAAUUAACUACAGAAUACUCAUGCAUGAAGGGCAGUCUUCAACUAAUAUCAGUAGGAUGAGUACUACUUGGACCUCACUGGUAUUCAGCCUGGUACUACACACUGAAAUGCUCAAGCAGGCGAACACAAAAUGAGAUGUCCGGCUCAAACUACAACAGAGCUAUCCUGGCACGGUUGAAUGGACAAUAAUGUCUUUAAAAUCCUGCUUUUUGCUUUGGGAAAAUCUCCAUCAAAGUAGCAACACUGGAUGGGGCAAUGGAGCAUUCAUUCAAUUGUUUUAUUCACCAAAUACAUCUUUACCUAAAUCAAAUCAAAGUUUAUUGGUCAUGUACACAGUUUGGUAGAUGUUAUAGUGGGUGCAUCGAAACGCUUGUGUGACUAGCUCCUAACAGUGCAGCAAAAAUUUCAAACAAGUACAAUUAGUUUUCUUUUAUUAACUUGAAACAAGAAAUCACGAAUGGCAGAAUGAAUCUAGUUAAUAACCCAAAUAACACUAUGGAUCAGUAAUCCCAAAUGGAAUCUAUGCGUAUACACACAUAUAUAUACAAAAUUGUCAUACUUGAGUAAAAGUAAAGAUACUGUACCAUAACAGAAAAUGACUCUAGUAAAAGUGAAAGUCACCCAAUUAAACGCUAUUUGAGUAAACGUCUAAAAUAUUUGGUUUCACACUCCAAAGCAAACCAGACGCCACGAUUUUCUAGUUUAUUUUAUUUAAGGAUAGGCAGGGGCACACUCCAACACUUAGACAAUCAUUUACAAACAAAGCAUUUUUUUUUGUGAGUCGGCCAGAUCAGAGGCAGUAUGGAUGACCAGGGA